AUGGUGGACACAAUCGACUCGAUCGUCAAGGGCGCGCCGCAGCCCGGCCAAGAGCUGAAGUCUCCGCCCACGGGGACGAGCCCGAUCGGCGAGGACAAGCCUGGCGACCCUCUCAACCACACCCCCAGCUCGCCGUCCAUGAUCUACCUCAACAUGCUGAUCCUCGAGGCCUCGUUGCGCGCGCAAUACCUCGAACUACGAGCGCGACGGCGGAAACACACAUUCUUUCUGAGCCUGCUGUGCGUCUGGCUGGUCGGGUUCGGGUACGCGCUGUUCUUCGCGCCGCGCGAGGAUGGCAGAGGCGUCGGUGGUUCCGUGUAUUGGGUUGUCGACAUGACGGAGAAGGUGUGCUUCAUCAGCGGUAUCGUGACUGGCAUGCUAGUCUGGGCGACGGGUAUAUGGGAUCGGGGCAUACGGUGGCCGCGAAGAUGGUUUGGCAUCUGCAACAGAGGCUUGCGCGGCUUCAACUGCAAGCUGGUCGUUAUCAAGAGGUCCUGGUUAGUGGAAGUGGUGUCCACUAUAGUGUGGUUUUUCACGUACGGCGCAUGCUCUAGCAAGGCUGGCCAGUAUCGUUUCGUCGAACCUUCGAUACUACGAGAGGUCGACCGGGAGUUGAACCUCAGUCAUCAGGAACAUCCACAGCUACCAUUCAUCAAUACGGACGAGGAAAAGGGCGGUCACGAAGAGGACCUAGCGCCUGGAGGAGAUUAUGUCAUGUUGCUGCUAUGGGCCAAGCCAUUCUCGCCAAGCUUCCGUGAGAAUUGGGAACUAUUCAGGAGUGAAUACUGGGAACGAGAAAACGAGCGACGAGCCUUGCUUCGGAAAAAGCUUCGGACUCGCGAUAAAGAAGUCAGAAAACAACAGAGCGGAUGGUUCUGGUGGCUGCCAGGCCGUCAACGGCUCGAUGACCGGAUACGUCACGCAAGCCCACAAGUCGACGCGGAGAAGAGCAUACACCACCACCACCGACCUUCACUGGCCGUGAAAGAGAACAGGCGCACCAGGAGCGGCAGUAUUCGACGAGGUAGUACCUCGGCAGGAUCAUCGCGAAGCCCGACACCUGCCGUAGAGUCAGAGGAAGGUGGGAUGAGUAGGAGAGGCAGCACCGCCUCCAAUACGUCGAACAAGGGACGAAAGAAGCACCUCUCAUCCGGCUCAAGAUCCAAGCGGCCUGGGAUCGACUCACGGUCACUGACCCCCGAGUUCCCAUCACCGCUAGCUAGGGAAAGCAGCUUGCGACCUCGAUCAAGCAGCUACCGCGUCUACCGCUUCUACCGCGUCAUAGCACGUCCCCUUCUCCACGCCAACCCGCAUACACGCCUCCCCACCUGCGAAGGCACGGCUGGCUUCAUCAGCGUCGCAAAGAAUUGCAGAUUCAUACAAUCCACGGUUCACGGGAUAGCCGAGUCUCCAGUCGGGGAGACUCGAUUGUGCUUCUCUGUUCGCUCUGACCGUCGCAUUCUGCAACAAGCCUACGAGGAAGAAGGCUAUUUCGACCCGACGCCGAACAUGGACGCCUUCGCCGAUCCUUAUCGUCGGCCAAUGCCAACGGCUCCCUAUAGUGCGCGGCCGCCUAGUCCGCCGUCGAUCUUGAUUCCGACUCCGGCCUUGCUGAACGCGAACGAGCCCAUCAAGGUCGUGCCUAAUUUUACCAACACCGACCCUCUAGCUCUCAGUCCUGAUGACCUUGCCAUAAUCACCCAGAAUGGCCAGGUCCAGAUAGCCCACGACUCGGCCGCUAAUUGGACCUACGCAAGCCGCCGCACCGCUCAACCUAUCCUCGACUUCCUCUACCUUGGACCAUCCACUGUCGUGCGCGACCGGGAUUGGUUACGCGACAACGGCAUCACCUUGCUGGUCGCAGCACGAGAUGCACAGAUGGCCGGUCUGCGCUUAAUGGUUGUGGACAAGGUCGCGGAAGAACUGGGAAUCCAGGCUGAAUACGUCGAUGUCUCGGGACACCCUGAUCUUAUUCGCGCCUUUCCCACUGCUGUUCAGAAGAUCAACGACCACAUGCUUCGUAUAUACCGCGACCAAGCCACGAGUGCCGCCAAUGUGGACGUGCAAGACGGGCAGAUGGUCAUCAACAAGGCCAACUUUCGCCGGGGAAAGGUUUUGAUAUUCUGCGAAACAGGAAAUGAACGUUCGGCCGGCCUUGUUGCCGCGUACUUGAUGUCUGUCUUCGGCUUGAGCCUAGUCGAAGCCUGUCAGUUUAUCCACUUUAAGCGUUUCUGCGCAAGCUUGGACGAGAGUAUGAAGCAGCUACUCCGGAGCUACGAGGACAUCCUUGUUGCAAAACGUACCGUCCAUCAGUAUCAGAUUCUUAGCAAGUCAGUAUCUGCUCCGACAUCUUCAAAGCGAGGCUUUGAAGAGACGGUUGAAGAGGACGACUCUGAGAUGGGAGGAAUGAACGCCGCUUCGGAUGCGGACCGCUUCAGCGAACGGAAACCCUUUACGCCAUUUGUCGACGCCCAGGACCAGGCUUCGAGAUGA